AUGUGUUUUCCAAAUUUGAUUUCAGUCAACACACCUACAAGGGAAACAAGUGCAUCUCAUAUUACUGUUGUAGAAGAUACUAUCAUACAUUCUAAUAUCAAUACCAAUAGUAUUAACGACGAUGAAUCAAGUACUAUGAACAAUAGUGGCAAAAUAUGUUUUUCAAAUUUGAUUUUAGGCAACAAACCUACAACAGAAACAAGUGCAUCUGAUAUUACUGUUGUAGAAGAUAGUAUCAAACAUUCUAAUAUCAAUACCAAUAGUAUUAACGACGAUGAAUCAAGUACUAUGAACAAUAGUGGCAAAAUGUGUUUUUCAAAUUUGAUUUUAGGCAAUACACCUACAACGGAAACAAUAGAAGAUACUAUCAUACAUUCAAAUAUCAAUACCAAUAGUACUAACGACGAUGAAUCAAGUACUAUGAACAAUAGUGGCAAAAUAUGUUUUUCAAAUUUGAUUUUAGGCAACAAACCUACAACAGAAACAAGUGCAUCUGAUAUUACUGUUGUAGAAGAUACUAUCAAACAUUCUAAUAUCAAUACCAAUAGUAUUAACGACGAUGAAUCAAGUACUAUGAACAAUAGUGGCAAAAUGUGUUUUUCAAAUUUGAUUUUAGGCAACACACCUACAACGGAAACAAGUGCAUCUGAUAUUACUGUUGUAGAAGAUACUAUCAUACAUUCUAAUAUCAAUACCAAUAGUAUUAACGACGAUGAAUCAAGUACUAUGAACAAUAGUAGCAAAAUAUGUUUUUCAAAUUUGAUUUUAGGCAACAAACCUACAACAGAAACAAGUGCAUCUGAUAUUACUGUUUUUGUCAACACAAUUCACCCUUGUCAACCUAAGUUGUUAGAAAAUGUAGCAUGGUCUCUUCACAGAAUAUAUAAUCGAACAGACCUAAAAGGUAAUUUAAUACCAAGGAAAUGGUUAACUGUACAAUGUAAAGGCAAUAACUACGUAAACGCUGUUUAUUGCACAAUUUGUAUGGUAUUCAGUUUGUCAGCUAGUAACUUUUGUUCUGGAUGUACAAAUUUCAAAAAUAUAUAUGCCACUAUAGAAGCACAUGAAAAUAGUCAAGUCCAUAGUUUAGCUGUGGAAGCAUAUAUUCUAGCAUCCAAUAAUUACAAUAUUGAAAAUUCUGUAAAUAGAAAUAUGAUGAACUUAAAAAAAAAACAAACACUUGAACGUAUUCAUGUUUUAGAGCAAGUUUUUGAAAUUGUUAAGCUUUUGGGAAAACAAAAUCUCCCUUAUAGAGGUUCAGGUUCAUCUGAAUCUUUAUAUAAUAUUAACUGUGAGAAUAUCAACUAUAAUAGAGGAAACUUUUUAGAACUCUUAAAGUUUACAGCCAAGCGAGAUUCAAUUUUAAAUGAUUAUUUGACAGUUGCAAUUGAAAGUAGCAAAAAGCGCAAAGAAAAUAUUUCUAAUAAUUCUAAAGGAAGAGGAUCUUUAGUAACGAUGCUCUCUAAGAGUACGGUUAAUAAAGUUAUUCUAGCUAUAUUAGAGUUAAUAAGAAGAAAAAUCAAAGUUGAAUUGGGAGAUAAACAAUUUAGUAUACAAGUAGACAGCACACAAGAUAUAGGGUCCACAGACCAAGCUGCUGUUUGUAUACGGUAUGUUUUUAAUUCUGAAGUAAAGGAACGUCUCUUUGCUAUAUUAGAAGUGAAAAAUUCUUCAGGAAAAGGCAUCAACGUAUCUAUAAAUAAAUACAAAAUAUUGCAAGUUGCAUCUUGCAAGCCAUUGGCCAACGCCAUGUAG